AUGGAAGGCUCCUCGUCCCGCCCCGGCUUCCAAUCCCGCCGCUCCUACCCAUCCUUCAACCACCUCUCACUUACCCCCUUGACACCCCGAUACCCAAUAGACGAUGAUGACCUCGAGAGCGAGUCCCAGGGCUACUACUCAGCGCGAUCCGCGAGCCCAGACACCGAACGCCCACCCAGCGCCAACGACUACACUAGCACCCCAAGACCCGCGUCCUACCUCUCCAGCAUGUCUGUCCCAGGAACCCCCGGUGUACUAUCGCAGACACAGUCUCGCAGCACCUCUCGUGCACGUACGCGGCAUAGUCGGAGCAAGAGCUCAAGUCGCAUGAAUCACGAUGGUACGAGGACGCCGCGACGGUCUUCCUCGUCUCGCCCACGGCGCUCGGCCGAUGGUGACUCGGAAUGGAUGCUCCGGACGGGGAUUAUGCUUGCCUCGUCGACGCGGGAGGAGAAGGGUCAGAGCUGGCUGGUGAAACGGGCGAGUUCGACGAGUCUGGCCUCGGAGGUUGCCAACAAUAACUCCUACUUUGAGGAUCAUGCAGCUGCAGCUGCAGCUACAGCCUCGUCGUCGCGGCCCCGCAGCAGCACCAAUAGCAAGGCGGCCAGUCAGAAAUCUCGUUCGGAGGUGUCUACCCCUUCUAGACCGGGUUCUCGAUCCAGUAGACGGGGUAGCAGGCCUGAUUUGGCAACAUCGGGUCUUGAGAUGACACCCUCUUACACUUGGGUAUCUACACCAGCUGGCGGGAAAAGUGAAUUUACCCCGGAUGCUUUGGACGAGCGGAUUCGAGCUGAAAUGGUCAACAUGCAGCAGAAUGCUGAUGUGGACGUGAAUAUGGAUGAUGGCGCAUCGUCAUCAUCGCUAUCUGCUUCCGACGCGUCCUCUGAUUCCGAGGAUGAAAUCGAUGAAAAGGAGAUGCGUCGGUUGACGCGUGAGAGCGGAUUCGGGCUAGGCAGCUGGCUGGAUCGCAUGGUUGAGUGGACAUUCUUUGGUGUCGAUGAGUGGCCGACGUUAUUCUCGGCUGGUUCUGAUAAUCGUGAUAAUCGUGAUCCACCUACUCCUGAUGGUGAUCGGGUCGUGGAAAAUCGUCAAGUUACAUCGGAAGCAGCAGAUGAUAAGCAUAUGGAAAAUUAUUCGGACAUCGCUACGAUCUUUAGCACAGACGACGAGAAUUUCACUCUAAUGGUUGAUAAACCAGGAGACGUCGGUGGUUGGGAGGACGCAAGAUGGUUUCUCAAGACUAUCAAGCAGGCCUUAGUAUUGUGA